AUGGGGAAGCUGGCUCUGCGCGGGGCGUGGCGGCUGCAGAGGUGUGCGACAGCCUCCUCCCGGCGCAGCGGUGACAGCGAGUUUCGUCAGGCAGGACCUGCCCUCCCUGCGGAGACAGCGGCCGGGUCCCGGCCCCCGGGACGGCGGAGGGACCGGGGCCUCCCACGCCGGGACAGCAGCCCUUCGCCUGGCACGAGCGACCGCGAUGGGGCCGCAACCGUUUCGGUUUCACUGAGCUCCAUGAACCUGCCCCCGGACAAAGCCCGGCUCCUGCGCCAGUACGACAACGAGAAGAAGUGGGACCUCAUCUGUGACCAGGUGGGGGACUGGGGGGGGGACGGGGGGUGGGUGCGCGAGUUCCUCAACGAUGAGAACAAGGGGCUGGAUGUACUGGUGAACUACCUGUCCUUCGCCCAGUGCGCCGUCAUCUACGGCACGCUGCCAAGCCGCAGGGCGCUGAAGAACUCGCGCCUGGUGAGCCAGAAGGACGACGUCCACCUCUGCAUCAUGUGUCUCCGGGCCAUCAUGAACUACCAGUACGGCUUCAACCUGGUCAUGUCCCAUCCCCACGCCGUCAACGAGAUCGCCCUGAGCCUCAAUAACAAGAACCCGAGGACGAAGGCGCUGGUGCUGGAACUGCUGGCAGCCGUCUGCCUGGUGAGGGGCGGCCACGAGAUCAUCCUCGCUGCCUUCGACAACUUCAAGGAGGUACGGGGGGAGCGGAGCUGGCUGGGAUGGCGGGGAGACAGGACCAGGCUGGGAUGGGGGCACUGGGGGCACUGGGGGCACCGGGAUCAGGCUGGGAUCAGGGACUGGGACCCAGGGAAUGACAGAACAGGGACACCAACCAGGACCAGGCUGGGGCCGCGCCCAUGCCCACAGAAGUCGAGGCACACGGAGAGCGAGAAGCUGCAGGUGCAGAUCCAGGCGUACCUGGACAACGUCUUCGACGUGGGGGGGCUGCUGGAGGACGCCGAGACCAAGAACGUGGCCCUGGAGAAGGUGGAGGAGCUGGAGGAGCAUCUGUCCCACCUAACGGAGAAGCUGCUGGACCUGGAGAACGAGAACAUGAUGCGGGUGGCGGAGCUGGAGAAGCAGCUGCUGCAGCGGGAGAAGGAGCUGGAGGCGGUCAAGGAGACCUACGAGCACACGAGCCACCAGGUGCACACGCUGCGGCGGAUGAUCAAGGAGAAGGACGAGGCUUUCCGGCGGCGUUACGGCAAGUGCCCCCCAGCCCCGCCGCUGCCCGGGGCUUCGCCCUCCAUCGCCCUCACCGUUGGGCUCUCGGCCAUCCGGAUCAAGAAGCCCAUCAAGACCAAGGACCUUGACCUGGAGCGCUUCGAGGAGCUCUUCAAAACCAAGGCGCAGGGUCCGGCCCUCGACCUCGUCUGCGCCAAGAACAAAGCGUCGCAGAAGGCGGCCAGCAAGGUGACGCUGCUGGAGGCCAACCGCGCCAAGAACCUGGCCAUCACCCUGCGCAAGGCGGGCCGCAGCACCGAGGAGAUCUGCAGGGCCAUCCACACGUUCGACCUGGCGACGCUGCCGGUGGACUUCGUGGAGUGCCUGAUGCGGGGGGGGGAGAAAAAGCCGCUGGAGGAGCUGGCGGAUGAGGACCGCUUCAUGCUGCAGUUCAGCAAGGUGGAGCGGCUGCCCCAGCGCAUGGCCAUCAUGGCCUUCCUCGGCAACUUCGCUGAAAACCUCCAGAUGCUGACGCCGCAGCUCAAUGCCAUCAUCGCGGCCUCGGCCUCCGUCAAGUCCUCCCAGAAGCUGAAGCACAUGCUGGAGAUCAUCUUGGCGCUGGGUAACUACAUGAACAGCAGCAAACGCGGCGCCGUCUACGGCUUCAAACUGCAGAGCUUGGACCUGCUCCUGGACACCAAGUCGACGGACAGGAAGAUGACGCUGCUGCAUUUCAUCGCGCUGACCGUGCGGGAGAAGUACCCCGAGCUGGCAACCUUCUGGCAGGAGCUGCAUUUUGUGGAGAAGGCGGCCGCAGUGUCCCUGGAGAACGUGCUGCUGGACGUGAAGGAGCUGGGCCGGGGGAUGGAGCUGCUGCGGCGGGAGUGCGGGCUGCACGAGAACAGCGUCCUGCGCACCUUCCUGGCUGCCAGCGAGGGCAAGCUGGAGCGGCUGCAGAAGGACGCGCGGACGGCCGAGGAUGCCUACAACACUGUGGUGCGGUAUUUCGGCGAGAGCCCCAAGACGACCCCCCCAUCUGUCUUCUUCCCAGUCUUUGUCCGGUUCAUCCGCUCCUACAAGCCCGCAGGUGGAUCCGCCUGUAGCCGAGCGAGGGUCCAAGGGGGGGUCUCUGUCCUGCCCCCAGCACCGCGCAGGGACGUCCCGUGCCAUCGUCCUCACCUGGGCUCGCAGGUGGUGUCCCCGUCACCCUGA